AUGGGCAAAAGGAAACAUAUUCCUGACCAGCAGCAAAAGCUGGUGCUGCAAUCCCCAUUAGCCAUACUUCUCCUUCACAAAUUUGCUUGGGGGAAGCUGUCAGCUUCUGAGUGCCAAGCCUUUGCAUUGGCAGCCUGCAAGAGUGGAGCUAGUGGGGUUGAUUUGGAAAAAUUAGCAGCACUUGGAGCCAGAGGGGAAAGCCCACAGAACUGUCAUAGGGACUUAGUGAAGACAUUCUUCAAGGAGAUGUGUGCCCCUACACCGAUGGAUGUCAAGUGCCUUGUGAAAGUGAAGAACAACAUGGGUGCAGUUGAAGAGCUGGCAAAAGAAAUCCCAGUCAUUCUACCUCAUGACUGGGUGGAUACCUUGGAAAGGAAUGGCUUACUAGAGCAGAUGACCUGCAGCCAGGAAUGCCUGGAUGACUUCUGGAGCCAGCAAAACUGGAAGAGCAAUCCUCAGCUGCAAUGCUGGAAGCCUUACUGGGACAGCCUGAGAAGAGGAGGCUAUAGGCCAAUCCCUUGGCUUCUGCAUGGAGAUGGUGCCCCAUUCUCAGAGGUGGACUCCUUGAUGGUGCUGAGCAUGAGAUGUGCUAUCUCACACCAUUCCAUUAAAGUUUCGCAGCUCUUGCUGGCAGCAUUGCCAAAAACUGCAAAUACAAAAUCCUCACUGAAACCAAUUUGGGAAGCUAUUGCUGGAAGUUUCAAGAAAUUGGCAGACAAGAAGAAGGGGGUUUUGUUUGUGCUGGCAGGAGACCUGGAAUACUUUUCUUCAGAGUUUGGAUGGCCAACAGCCAUGAGCAACUACCCUUGCCCUUUUUGCAGGGCAGACAAUUUUUUCGACAUGACAAAGACCAAGCACGCCUUCACAGAUUUCAGGAAAAAUGCAUUGUGGAAGACAACCCUCAGAAGCUGGGAUGACACACCACCAAAUGAGGCACAUCCCCUCUACAAAGUCCCUGGUGUCUCCUUUUGGACCUUGAAGAUGGACCUCCUCCACUUGGUAGACUUGGGUGUAGCUUCCCAUGUUUAUGGAAACCUUUGUGCACUCCUUGUUGGGAAAACUGGCAAAGGCAAGAAAGCAGGUGUGGUGGAAUUGAACAGGCAUGUGAAAGGAAGAAGAGUGAGGAAAUUUGCCCCAGUGGCCACUCUGCUGGCAAAAGAGCUACCAACCACUGAGAAAGGGAAGCACAUUCAUCUUUUGUGCCAGUUGCUGGAGGAAGCUUAUGACUUGUGUGACAGAAAAGAGUAUGUCUGGCCAGACAAAAUUGGCAAGGCCUUAAGCUUCAUGUCGCUUCUGGUGGCUGUGGCUGCUGCAAGUGUGAAAAGCACACCAGCUUGGAUGCUUCCACGAAAGAUUCUCAGCAAGUUUGGGUUUGCUUUCCACCUGAUCCUGGAAGGGGUUUGGAACCCUGAGCUGGAAGAAGACAUGAAGGACUUUAGCUGCUGA